CGGAGUGUUUCUGUUCACACUGUUUCACAAAAUAAUUCAGGCUCCUUCUGUUCUCUCCCGUCUCCUCUCUCUUCUCUUUCAUUUUAUUUCACAGAUGCCUCUGGACAGGCACCUACUCCAAAUCUGAAGAACUCAGUGAGGAAGGGCAGCCUUCCACUUGAGCUGCUUCUUCGUUCCUAACAUGCACAGGAAAUGAAGACAUCUUCUGCCAUGCUUGCAAUUGGGAAAUUUCUCUGGGUUCUCUUCCUAAUCCCAGAUUUGUGCAUCUGGAGCAUCUGUGGGGAAGAAUCAUGUGAAGUACAACUUUACAUUAAGAGAAACUCUGUGCACUCUGUCCCGUCAGGAGAUCCCUUUGAGCUGAAAUGCCCCGUGAAAUACUGUGACAUCAGACCUAAUGUGACUUGGUGUAAGCUCAAUGGAAGCCACUGUCAACCACUGGUCGAUGGAUUUCAUCUACACACAAGUUGGAGAGAAGGAGAGAAUAUUUCGGAUUUUAUUCUACAUUUUGAAUCAGUGCUUCAUAGUGACAAUGGGUCAUAUCGUUGUCAUGCGAAGCUUUCAUUAGAAAUCAUUGAGAGCCACUCAACAACCAUUUAUGUGACAGAUCAGAUUCAAAAUAAGUCAGAACGCCCUCUAAUGAAUGCAACUAGUACUGCAGGACCCACCUCCAAGGAAGAGAUGGCAAGCCAACCGUGGCUCCUGUAUGGUUUGCUGGUUUUGGGAGGAUUGCCCCUGCUCAGUAUCACCUGCUUCUGCCUCCUCUGCUGCCUGAGAGAGCACCAAGGCAAACAAGAGAAGCCUACUGAUACAGAUAGAGCAGGAAGAGAAAUUAACCUGGUUGAUGCUCCCCAGCUCAUCAGCAGUGAGCAAGCAAAAGUGGGCCCCAGGAAAAAAUCCCAAACAGUGCCAUCAGAAACUGGAAUUUAUGACAAUGACCCCUGGUUUAGGUUGCAGGAAGGGGCUGAAGUUUAUUCUAACUCAUGCCUGGAAGAAAACAAGCAGGGUAUCGUUUAUGCUUCCCUGAAUCAUUCUCUCUUUGGAAUGAAUCCCAAACAGACAAGAAAUGAGAAAGAAGCACCUACGGAAUAUGCAUCCAUAUGUGUGAGGAGUUGAAUCUUCUUGUGACUCUAAGCUGUAAUUAAUAAAUGUCAGAAUAUCAACGCCAUUGCCUCGAUCCAAAUAGCAUCGCUCAACUUGGCAGUUGAGCCUCAUUUCAAAGAAGCUCAUGCUGGUGCUUGUGUCUUAAGUGCCCAUAGAAACCAUGAUUAAGGCUUCUCCCAAAACCUUUUUCCAAUUAUUGGCUUGAACAACAGUUUUUUCUCUAAAACUGAAUGACACCAAGAGUAGCAGAACACUUACUUUAGCUACAUUUUACCCAAUGUGCAAAUUUAAACCUUCUUUUAGAGCUGUCAGAGAGACUCGUUGGGAAGAGAAGAUUUAUAUUACUCGUAUGAGUUCACUACACAUUCUUGAAAAAAGAUGAAAAGAAAGAGUGGGAGCCUGAGUGGUGGUGCAGCAAGCUAAUCCUCCGUCCUGUGGAACUGGCACUCUGUAUGGGUACCAGUUCUUGUCUUGGCUGCUCUACUGCUGAUUCAGCUCUCUGUUUAUGGCCUGGGAAAAGCAGCAGAGGAUGGCCCAAGUCGCUGGGAGCUUGCACCCAUGUCAGACACACAGAAGAAGCUCCUGACUCCUGGCUUCAGAUCAGCUCGGCUCCGGCUGUCGGGAGUGUUUUGGGAGUGAACCAGUAUUAGAAGAACUUCUCUUUCCUUCUCUCGUUGUAAAUUCUGCCUUUCAAAUAAAAAUAAUUAAACCUUUAAAAGAAAAAGAAAUAGUGCCCCAAUUAGACUAAUUAAAGCACAAGCAUCACAGUGACCGUAUUUUUGCAAUCUUCCAUGACCAGAAUUUUUUAUAUGUCAGUUGAAGAUUGAUGUUCCAUAAAUAUAAGUGAGAAAUAACUUUAGAUGUUAAAUAAGAAAAAAUGGAAAAGAAAAUUGAUGCAGCAAAGAUGUAGAAUGUUCAAUUGGUUGUGGGGUAAAUAUUUUCCAUACUUGGCAAACAAAUGCUUUUAUGUACACAGUUAGAUUGCUCAGAAAAUAUGGUUAUUGAUGAAGUAAUCAAUGUACAUUCAUUUGUGAGUAAAGUGGUGACUUGGUAUUUGAGUCCCCUUGAUUAAUGUGUGUGAAUGCUACUUCAUGUUGAAGGAAUAUACUGUGGGCAUCUGAAUAAACUUAAAAUGAAAAUAGGUGUUCAGGUAUGUGCAGAUUGAAAACUGCAUCAUGGUUGUCCUGAUAGCAAAUUAUAAUCAGUAUUAAGGAAAUGACGAUGAGUUCAGAAUAUUAAGUUAGUUAACAGGGAUCAACAUAUUUUCAUCGGUAUCUUCAUCUUUCUAUUUUUGUUAUGAGGGAAUCAAAGCAAUUCACAUGUAGUGAAAUGUUACAGUGGUGAUUUUUAAGUACUGAGAUUGCAGCCACUUAACAAAAAGAAAGAUGGUUUUACAUAUCUGAAUUUUUUGAGUUUGUUUAUUUCAAAAACAGUCCAAGGCUGUUGACCAGCUUGAGGCCAGAGUUUUCAGGUGCUGCUAGAAAAUAAUACAAUAAUCAUUAUACUGACUGGUUAGUCAAAAUUGGGAUUCAUUUGAAUAAAUACACAAGCUAUGAAUGAAUGAAUGCGUGUGUGCAUGUGUGUUAGUGUAUAGAGGGGUAGUAACAGAAACUGCACAAGAGAAACUGAUCACAUUACUGUUGCAGUUUCAGCUUGCUUAUGAAACUUAAAAUACUACAGGAAACGGAUCACUAAGCAAAAUGUAUCAAAUUGGGGAUGGGAGUACUGGCAUACACAGAAAUGAGACAAAAUUGAGGGCUUUCUUAUGUAAUGCUGGUAUUACGAUUUACUUAACUGAAAUGUGGGGCAGAAGAGAUAGUUUUUGAGUUGAUGUCACUAGCCAGUAAGGUAACAUUACAGCAAAGCUUUUAACAAAAUUGUACAUUGACUCUUUAACCAAGCAGCAUUUGUGGACAUGUUAUGUAAAAUGUAGAGAAGAGUUGCUUGUCCAACUCCUAAAAAUAGAAACAGGAAGCUUGGGGAGGAUACGUUUUGGUCUUCUCUUAUCAGAUAAACACACAAAGUUGAACAGUUCCUUCCUAAUUUUCUCCCACUUAAAAAGCAAAAUCCAUCUAGUUACUAGAAUGUGCUUAGAGUGGGUUACAGUACAGAUGUUAGUGAUUUCCUUUUUCUAAAUGACUGAUUUUUAUACUUGUACAAUGCUUGUCAAAAUACCAAGCUAUUUAUAAUUUCAUUCCUUAAUUAUAUAAAGUGUCAGAGACACAUAUGUAUUUCUUCCAAAAAACUUAUCUUGAUGUUCUUCUCAUGACUUAUUUCAUUAAUUUACAAGUGGUUUUAGAAACAGAAGAAGAAAAUAAUUUAAUGAUUUUUGAUAAAUUUUAAGCUUGCUAAUUGUUCUCGUUAAGAAAAAUAAAGUUAUUAAGAUUUAUUUGAAAUUCACUUGGUAUUUGUGUUUUAUUUUACUAAAAAUUAUAUGGACCUAAAAUAGAAAUAAUUCUUAAUUUUCAAAGCAUACAAAAAAAAACCCCAAGAACUUGUUAAACUCCCAGCACUAAGAAAGUCUGACCCUGAAGACCUAAUCUA